GGAGGAAACAGUGUUUUUACUUUUGGAUACAAUUUUAUCUGAUGAACCCGUGGAAAGUAGUAUUGUUGGUGGAAUCCAAGUACUUCUCAUACUGUUAAGCCAGGGAACAAAUAAUACGUUCAGUGAUACAGAGCUGCAAGGGAAUAAUUCCAAUAAUGAUCCGGCUGAUACUGCUGAUCGUGCAAAAAUUCAAAACGCUAUUCUUCCAUACCUGGGAAAACUUCAGCAGCUUCUAUUAAACCCACCCCCUAAAGCCGCAGUGAGAACCACUGCUGGGGUAUUAGACAAGCCUCUAGGUAAUACGCGGCUGCAUAUCGCCAAAUUAUUAGCCGCACUAUUGUCUGCAGAGAGUACAAACGUAUUUCAGAAACUCGCUGAACUAGGAACAUUCCAAACCCUAUUGGAUUUGUUUUUCAAGUACUCUUGGAAUAAUUUCUUGCACACCCAAGUAGAACAAUCCUUGGCCUUAGUUAUUAAUGGAAACUGGGAGGAGAAUAGGGAACUCGUUUAUACGCACAUAUUUUCCCAGUGUAAAUUGAUCGAACGCAUUUUGGAGGCUUGGGCUGGCAAUGAUACUCAUCAAAGCAAGGAGAAGGGUGUACGCCAGGGCUACAUGGGUCAUUUGAUUGGCGUAGCUAAUAAUAUUGUCAAACAAUCAGAGAAGUGCGAAGGCUUGGAGAAAUUUUUGAAGACCAAUAUUACUACAGAGUGCUUUAAUCAAUGGGAUAAUCUUGUAAAUACUCAGCUGGCUGAAAUAAAUGACACCCAUCAAAUUUUGCUGGGUGGAAAGGCGCAGUCUUUUAUGACAUCUUCAGAGGCGAAUGCCGAGGAAUACUCCUACUCCCAGGACGCCUACAUUCAGCAGGUUUAUGCAAAUUAUCAGGGACAACUUAUGACAUCGCAUUUCAUUGAAGAUUACGGAUUCCAUGAUGAUGAGUUUAAUGAUGGGAAUGAUGCUCUUCAGCCAAGUAAUUCCGUUGAGCAAUUAACCACGAUGCCUUUCACAUUGAGCGAGGAGGAUCUUGCUAAGAAGGAAGAAAUAUUCAAUAAGAUAUGUCAGCAAAAGCAGAAAUCAGGAAUAGACGAGGGCGGAAUUGAGUGGGGAGACGAGGGAGACAUGACUUUCCAGACAGUCAUUGAUAAACGAGAUUGGCCUUUCAAACAGCAACAGCAUGAUUCUACAUCAUCUGAUGAAGACGAAGAAACAAGAGACUUACAUAUGGAAGUCGAUUCUUCGGAUCCUUGGGACUCAGCAGAGCCAAUUUCAAGUAAUAUCGUGCUCCCUCAAGUGAACCCAUGGGACGUAGCUGCCACCCAGCCCGAAGAAUGCGCUGAUUGGGCUAAUUUUGAUAAUUUUGAGAGCACGCUGAACAUAACGAGUUCGUCGGCACCCCAGAAUACUAAAGAGAUCGAUAAACAGGGAGCAGUACCUGAAACAACGAUGACCGAAUGUUCAGAGGCGUUAAAUACAUCUAUCAAGAAAAAGCCAAUUGUUGAAGGAAGUCGAAAGGAAAAUGAGAAAAACGAAACAAGUAUUAUAACUGAGAGCCUUCCUGCAAGUGAGCUGAUGAAUGAACCUGAAAAAAGGACCCAGAGUGAAAGGCCUUCUUCACUACAGGGUAUAGCUUGUUGUCCAUUAAUCUACCACAGAUAAUUAUGGCUUUUGAAAAUCAUCUCACGCAUGAUCGAAAAAGGUGGUAAGCCAAAUGAGUACACAAUGAGAAUUUUUGUAUAUUUCUCGAAUUAUAUUUACUAGCAGUACAAAGUUCUGAAAAUUCGUAUGAAGUUAUUCUCAUGAAAGAGCCGAUGAAGUUAACAUCCACCAUUUUGUUGACGAAAUAUUCACAUUACAAUUAAUUUUGCUGUUCAUUUCCAUAUUUAUAAAUCCUUAGUAGGGAUGAAGGGAAAAUUUUGGAUUAAUGAAAAAAAAACAACAACGUUCGUUAAUUUGUCACAGAUGCGACGUUUCGCCAAAUAUUUUAGCUUUUUCAGGAUCUGGAAAGAAAUUACAAAACAAAUAAAAAUACUACUACUUCA